CCUUAUGAUCGAGUCUCUCCCAGUUUGGCCAUAAAGCUGCUUGAAAGGCUUCGCGAAAAUGACAGGCGUAGGCAGACAUUUGUCCAAGCACUCAAAAAGGAUGAGCGUGAGCGACGCAAGCACAUGGAGGAUGUGAUCCGUCAGCUCAAAGAGCUAAAUACUAAGAGCUUUUCUCGCUAG